GGGCGGGGCCGCGGCGGGGGGCGGGGGCGCGUUGCCGCAGCCCAGGGGUGCGGCCGUGUGGGGGGCGCACGCUGGUCAACAGGCCCAGCUCCCGGAAGGUCGUGCGCGAGUGGUGCGGGCUCCGCUCCCAGGCCCCCGGCAGCCGCGGGAGUUCGGGAAGCUCCCACUUGAGCCAUGUUUUUCACCUGUGGCCCAAAUGAGGCCAUGGUAGUCUCCGGUUUCUGCCGGAGCCCCCCAGUCAUGGUGGCAGGGGGACGAGUCUUUGUCCUGCCCUGCAUCCAGCAGAUCCAGAGGAUCUCUCUCAACACAUUGACCCUCAAUGUCAAGAGUGAAAAGGUUUACACUCGCCAUGGGGUCCCCAUCUCAGUCACUGGCAUUGCCCAGGUGAAAAUCCAGGGGCAGAACAAGGAGAUGUUGGCCGCAGCCUGCCAGAUGUUCCUGGGGAAGACAGAGGCGGAGAUUGCCCACAUCGCCCUGGAGACACUGGAGGGCCACCAGAGGGCAAUCAUGGCACACAUGACUGUGGAGGAAAUCUAUAAGGACAGGCAGAAAUUCUCAGAGCAGGUGUUCAAAGUGGCCUCCUCAGACCUGGUCAACAUGGGCAUCAGUGUGGUCAGCUACACCCUGAAGGACAUUCACGACGAUCAGGACUAUUUGCACUCCUUGGGGAAGGCUCGAACCGCUCAAGUCCAAAAAGAUGCUCGGAUUGGAGAAGCAGAGGCCAAGAGAGAUGCUGGGAUCCGGGAGGCCAAGGCCAAGCAGGAGAAGGUGUCCGCACAGUACCUGAGUGAGAUUGAGAUGGCCAAGGCGCAGAGGGACUACGAGCUGAAGAAGGCCGCGUACGACAUCGAGGUCAACACCCGCCGGGCACAGGCUGACCUGGCCUAUCAGCUGCAGGUGGCCAAGACGAAGCAGCAGAUCGAGGAGCAGCGGGUACAGGUGCAGGUGGUGGAGCGGGCCCAGCAGGUGGCAGUGCAGGAGCAGGAGAUCGCCCGCCGAGAGAAGGAGCUGGAGGCCCGGGUGCGCAAGCCGGCGGAAGCCGAGCGCUACAAGUUGGAGCGCCUCGCGGAGGCAGAGAAGUCCCAGCUGAUUAUGCAGGCGGAGGCGGAAGCUGAGACUGUGAGGAUGCGUGGGGAGGCUGAGGCCUUUGCCAUAGGGGCCCGAGCCCGGGCCGAAGCUGAGCAGAUGGCCAAGAAGGCAGAAGCGUUCCAGCUGUACCAGGAGGCUGCCCAGCUGGACAUGCUGCUGGAGAAGCUGCCCCAGGUGGCAGAGGAGAUCAGUGGUCCCUUGACCUCAGCCAAUAAGAUCACACUGGUGUCCAGUGGAACUGGGGCUGUGGGGGCGGCUAAAGUGACGGGGGAAGUCCUGGACAUCCUGACCCGCCUGCCAGAGAGCGUGGAGAGACUCACGGGUGUCAGCAUCUCGCAGGUGAACCACAAGCCUUUGCGAACAGCUUGAAGCCUCCACCUGCUGAAGUUGCCGGAAUGGUCCCCACAUUGUAUGCCCUUCAGCUGGCCUCCCUGAGCAUGUCCUGACAGUAGGGUCUUACCCUCCUCUCUCCUUGCCAAUAGCCUGUGCCUUGCCGUGGAGGGGGAGGGUUGCUCCCCUUCCCAGGCCUACACCAAGACUGCCGGCCCCCAGGGGUCCCAUGCCAGCUUUCUGAUCCUACCCCACCCAACUUGUUUAACAUCCUAAUUAAACUAGACUGUCAGAG